AUGGGGGACACGAGGCCGAGGGGGUGGGAGGCGGGCGAGAGCUCGCGGGAUGCCAAAACUCCGCGGCUGGAGUUGCUGGCUACGACGGCGUUGGAGGAUCGGUGGGAGGAGUGGCCGGAGGUGACCGAGGACAACGAUCGGUGCAAUCACGUCCCAAAAGACAGUGCUCACAGGGAGAUUUUGGAUUCGUCAUUGCUAUCCGAUGACGCAGGGCAUUGCGCGGAUUGCCAGCGUUCGGAGGAGUCCGUGAAUAGCCGUAUCUUGGUGUGCCUGGACUGCGGCCGGCAAUCCUGCGGGGAAUUGGCGAGUUAUAUCCCAUAUGGGCACGCUCAGGCUCACGCCAAGCAGGAGCAGCAUUGGGUUGCUGCGAUGUUCGCCGAUCCACAAGCUGGAUUCUGCUUCAAGUGUGGAUCUGAAGUGGUUGUCUAUCCAGAGCAGGAGGAAAUGCCAGGCGAAAUUCAGACAGGCGGUCAUGCGUUUGGAAUUGAUGUGCACUCGGGUCUUGUCAGUGGGUUACUGAAUCUUGGAGACACAUGGCAUGGCCAUGAGUUCGGAUCAUCUAGUGUGCAAGGCUAUGCUAUCAGAGGGAUACCGAAUCGCGGCAGCACAUGCUACGUGAAUGCAAUAGUGCAGUGCCUCCUUGUGCUUGAUAAGCUGCAGGAAACUAUGUUAGGACCGGAUGCUCCGUCCGGUCACCUUGGCCUAGCACUAAUGGAGCUUUUUCUGGAGACAAGUGUGGCAGAUGAUGUGGGAGGCAUGCUGAACCCAGAUAAACUCUUGAGAAGCAUACGCUUACAUGCUGACAAGUUUGAACCCUAUAAAAUGCACGACAGCUAUGAACUGCUUGAUUCCUUGCGCAAUGCUUUGCAUAGGGAGGAAAAUGAAAUUGAGACUCCUAACAGGCAAAGAGGUGCUCCUACAGUAAUUGAUUCCAUUUUCAGGGGUGAACUCUCUUAUACACGGUCCUGCAUAUAUUGUGGAUCUAGUCAGGCUUCCCACGAUGAGAUCCGUGACCUCUCACUGGCACUGCCAUCAAAGGAGCAUCCAUCCAGAAGUGCUGCAGCACCACAAACAAGCUUGAGUCUCAAAUCUCAACCGAAUAAGGCUGCUACUCAAUUAAUUCCAGCAAAUGAGAAGAGUACAUCGGAAAAGAUCCAAUCAGUUGCCAAAAGCGGUGAUUCUGACCUUCUUGGUUCAGAGUUGAAAGAUGUUGCCGUGGAGAAAACACCUGAGCCUUUGGAAGUUGAUUCUUCUGAUGUGCAAUGUAUCUGGCAAAGCAAGGAUGUUAUACAGGAUCCUUUGCAGACUCGGGAGGAUAAAGUCUCAUGUUCGGAGCUUUCACAAGGGAUCAUUGAAGCACCACCAAAGUCUGUUAGUGUUGUUCCGGACAACUUGUAUAAUGUGAAAGUUGAGCAAUUGAUUGAGAUGACAACAGAUUCCCACAGUCCAGAAGAUAUGGGUCCACCUCCACUGGUUGCUCCACUAAGUGAAAAUGGUGCACCGAUGGCAUCAGGCAGCUGUGUAGAUCAAAAUGACAAUGCUGAUCCUGGUGAUAUCAUGAAUCAGCUGGUAGUUAGUGUACAAGCCAAGGAGAACACUUCAAUCGUACAAUUCACUGCAGAAAACAAAGCAAAUGCUCAGAGCAGAGAUGUCGUGUAUGAUAAGGAGGUAGAGGUUAGCAAUUCUAUACCAUCAAUUGAGGAUUGUCUAUCAUUGUUUUUUACAGAACAGACGGUAGAACGGAAUUGUGAUUAUUGUCCCAAGGUUCUUGAGGAGCCAAGUACCAAUCAAAGUGGAAAUGCUGAGAAGAUGGUGGCAAGUACCACUGAUAACACAGCAGCUGAUGGGAAUCAGACUGAACAGUCAGACAGGUUAGCAGACCAAACUGAGGAAUCUAUUGAACCAAACAGUUUGUCAGUAGAAUGCAAAUCUUCUUCAAAUAGGCAACCAGAUGAUUCUGAUGCAAAGAGUGAAAUUAUACAAACAGUGGAAGCAAAUGCGGAAGGAAUAAAUUCAGGGAUGAGUUAUGGCGAUAAAGAAAUUGAAUGCCAUGAAGGUAUUCAAGAAGCUGCAAGUAGUUGCCUUCCAGAUGAGAAACAGACCAAUCUGUUGGGCACUCAUCAUAGUGAAAAUCUUAGCACGCCAAAUCAGGACAGGAGGAAGCAAGUAGAGCUGGAUCUUAGUACAAGCCAGUUAGGAGACAACCAAAAUGAACAGAAAGAGAGGAGCGGAUGUUCUACUGAAACACCUCGUAUUACCAAGCUGCCACCUGUAUUAACUCUUCAUAUUAAGAGGUACAUCAAGGAUGGCUAUGACCAUCAUAAAAUUGAAACACAUGUGAGCUAUAAGGAGUAUCUUGAUGUAGGGAGAUUCAUGGACCCCAGGUACUGA